UGUCCGAGUCUCCUCCUCUCCAGGCUGGCUACACGGAGGAGGAGGAAGACAGCGGCGAGAAAUGGCGGCCGGACGGGAGCUGUGGCUGUAGUGAGUGCUUGCUGUCCCCGCACAUCUGUCAGAAGCAUUUUCUUUUAAAGAAAAAUCCAGGUUAAUUUCAAAGUUAUUAGAAAUUACAGAAAAAUAGACCUUUUCAAAAUGGGUAGAUCAAACACCAGAUCUCAUUCUUCAAGGUCAAAGUCUCGAUCUCCAUCAUCAUCUAGGUCGAGAUCACAUUCACGGAAAAAAAGAUACAGUUCCAGAUCACGGUCCAGAACAUACUCUCGUUCUCGCAGUAGAGAGCGUGUUUACAACAGGGAUUUUCGCAGAGAUUAUAGAAACAAUAGAGGAAUGAGACGUCCCUUUGGCUUCAGAGGGAGAGCAAGAGGUUAUUAUCAAGGAGGAGGUGGAAGAUACCAUCGUGGUGGUUAUAGACCUAUGUGGAAUCGGAGGUACUCCCGAAGUCCAAAACGUGGUCGCUCUCGUUCCAGGAGUCCAAAGAGGAGAUCUACAUCAUCACAAAGAUCUAGAAGCAGAUCACAUCGAUCCUACAAGUCUUCUCAAUCACCCAGAUCCUCAUCUUCCCGAUCCUCAUCACGUUACAGCAGGUCACCUGUCACAAAAUCUCGUAAUUCCCAGGAGAAAAAGUCACAGAGAAUUGAUGGGGAUAAAUCAGAAAUUCCCCUGAAUACUAAAACAUGUGAUGAUCAAAAGGAUGCAUUUGACCCAUCUGAACCUUUAGAUGAACUUGUCAAAGAUUUAGAUCUUCAUGGGGAAAGCUGGGCAGGUCUGUCUGCAUAUGAUAACAGUCCCAGGUCACCUUGUAGCCCAUCGCCUGUGGCUUCACCCCCAAGUGAGGGUUCAUCACAUUCUGAUGGCCCUAUUUUGAGUGUUGUUCACUCUACUAAAGACACAAUGUCUCAAAAUUCACAUUCCAUUGCACAAACUCCAGAGAGGUCUGGAUCUGGUGGCAAUGGUUCAACACGCUAUAGUCCCUCACAAAAUAGUCCUAUUCACAUGCCUGCCCACAAAAGCCCAACAAAAACUGUUUUGGGACAGAAUCCUACACGAGAAGAGGGCCGUUCUCGCUACUCUGUGUAUAUGGAUCCUGUAGAGCAGGAAGUUAACAAGGGUCCCAAGUUCCUUAAAAGGUAUACAGAUGAAGAACAUAGGUUGUUCCCAAUUGAAAAGAUCAGUGCAAGAGAAAAAGAAAGUCAGAAGGAAAGAAGUUCGGAUAAAGGAAAAAGGGAAUGUAGUAGAGACUGGGGUGAUAAUGAAGUUUCAGAUUAUUUUGGGGGAAAAGAUAGUGUAAAACCUCAGUUCACAGCCAUUUCUGAAACUGAAGAUCUAGAAGAGCCAGAGGAUUAUAGACAGUUUAGAAAGGCAGUCCUUGCAGAUCAGGGCAAAGGAAUAUCCACUAUGUCUCACUGGAACUCUGAGGAUGAAGGAACAAAAUACAAGACUAAGGUUUUAGUGAAAGGUGCUAAAGAAGGAGAGAAAACUAGGGAAGGAAAGGGACAUAAAGGUGCUUCAAAAGAUAAGCACAAGGAUGAUGAGAAAAAUACAGAGAGGUCAUUGGGGAAGAAAGACAGCCAGUCACAUGAUCAGGCAAAGUUAGAGAAGAUGAAAGACAUAUUUGAUUACAGCCUUCCUUUACACCAGAGUGUUGAUGGAAGAGAGAAGGUGAUGUUCAGGGAAGAGAGCCCACUUAGAAUGAAAGUAAUAGUCUCUGAAUCACAUCAUCCUGAGGUCAAACUCCGAACGUUCAAUGUACCACUUGAUGAUAGCAGGCCACCGUCACUGACUAAUGACCGGCUUCUAGCGAGUACGCUUGUCCAUUCAGUGAAGAAAGUACAAGACUUCCGUUGCAUCUUUGACCACAUGAAGAUUUCCUUCUCCAGCAAAGCAUCCCCAGAAAUAUUUACCUACCACAUUGUAUCGUUAGUUCAGCAUGUGAAAGAGCAUUACUUCAAGGGUGACGGAAAGACCCUCAGUGAACGAUUUGCAGGCUAUAAGAAAGUCACUGAGGCACAAGGCAACCGCCCAAAGAGUCCUGAGAUACACAGGAGGAUAGACCUAUCUCCUCAUGUGCCAAGGAAACAAGCUCGUUUGCAGGGAGAGGAAAAAAAUGUGAAAGAAGAACCUUCAAAGGUGGAAAAAUGUAGAAGGAGCAGCUCAGCUGAUCUAAAAUGUAACGUUGGCCGCCCCAAAAAAGCACACAGCAAAGAGCGUGCAGAUUCCAAGUGCUCAAGAGAAUCCAGUACUUCACACAAGCGGGAAAAAGCACCAAAGGAUCUAAAGGAAAUCAAAAUUUUGAAAGAGGACAGUAAGCGUAGAAAGGAGCUUGAGCCACAGUCUUCUCCUGAUUCUGCCAGUUCACAUGAAGAAAGGGAUAAUAAGAAGGACAGAAAUGAAGAGUUUAAAGGUCCACAGGAGCCUAAAGAGUUUUCUGGAUUUUCUGGAGUGAACAGAUCCAGAGGGACAUUUCAGUUUCGAAUUAGAGGCAGAGCCCGUGGACGAGGAGUGUUUGCUGGAACAAGUACUGGUCCUGUGAAUAUGUCCACAGCUUUUCAAAAGCGUCCUAAAGAAGAGGAGUGGGAUCCAGAAUAUACUCCUAAGAGCAAGAAAUAUUUUCUGCAUGAUGACAGAGAUGAUGGAGUUGAUUACUGGGCAAAAAGAGCAAGAGGCCGUGGCAACUUUCAACGUGACAGGGGUCGCUUUACAUUUAAAAAAUCUGGGAGCAGCCCAAAAUGGACUCAUGAUAAAUACCAAGGAGAUGGCAUACUAGAGGAUGAAGAAGAAGUAUUGGAAGAGAGACACAAAGAUGAAUAGGACUGACUUGCAAAGAAGAAAGAAAUUACAAUUAACUUUUUUAAUGAGAUCCACUAAUUGAAUGUAAGCAUUUGAUUUUAAUUCUACUCGAUAGUUUAAAUUUUGAUGGACUGUAACUUAGUUUUAAAGACUGUCGGCAUAACAUUCUGCCAUCACCCCUGCUGAAGAAAAGAACAGAACUUGUCUUCUGGCCAUUGAAAAACCAUCAACUUUUAAAAACCUGCUUUUUAAGAGUUCCAUUUCAUGUAUUUCUGCCAGAUGUGUGGUAAUGAUUGUGAAUGUCCUUUUUAUUUUUUCUGUGAAUCCUGUCAUAAAGUAAACAUUUGUUCAGUUGGUAAAUGUAAGUUUAUAACAAAAUGUUAUGGAUAAUAUAUUUCCUAAA